GAGAAAGAGCAGAAAUGGGAGAAGCAGAAUUUCAAGCAGAGAUCUGGGAAGAAGAUGAAGAAGACGAAGAAGCAGAAAUAAUGCGGCAACUGAGAUCAAAAGCUACGAAGCAUCUACUCGGAGAAGAAUGGACCGAAUGCAUCCAUGUAUAUUCUCAGUUCAUUUCUCUCUGCAAUUCCCAUAUCUCCAGACUCCAUCUAAACCCUAGCUCCGACCGCCAUUCCAAGCUCAGUAAAUCCCUCUGCGUAGCUCUCUGCAAUCGGGCUGAGUCCCACUUCCGCCUCCGCCAAUUCCAAUCCGCCUUGCAAGAUUGCGACGAGGCGUUGAGGAUCGAGAACCCCAAUUUCAAGGCACUGCUCUGUAAAGGUAAGAUCUUUCUCUCCCUUGACAGGUAUACGUUAGCCUUAGGUUGCUUCAGGGAAGCCAAUCUCGGUGUUCAUGAUGCCGAGAACGGCGAAAUCCUC